AGCUCUCCACAAACGCACUGGCAAAAGUGUGUCAUUAUUUUCCGUUCAAACCUGAGCGUUUAUUUUAUUUUUAGUGUGAAGAUGGGCCCAGAGUUCUUGCGGAAGGGAUGCUAGCGGCUACGUUGUAGCUUUGAGCGGUGCUGGACCUAGCGAGCAUGAGUACUGCCCGAGUGGACAUCAAGGUUGUCUUGCUGGGCAAGGAGUAUGGAGGAAAGACGAGCCUGGUGGAGCGUUUUCUACACGACCGAUUUGCUGAAUCCAUUGCAUACCAAAACACUAUCGGCGCUGCGUUUGGUGCAAAGAAGGUAAUGAUCAAUGGCGAACCAGUCACGUUGGGUGUUUGGGACACGGCUGGUUCGGAGCGUUACCAGGCAAUGAGCCGCAUGUACUACCGCGGUGCUGUGGCUGCCAUCAUCUGUGUCAACCUGACUGAGGCUGAGAGCUUCUUGCGAGCAAAGUACUGGGUGGACGAACUACAGAGCUGUGAAGGAGAUUCGUGUCGCCUAUUCCUUGUCGGCACCAAGUGUGAUCUUGUGACCCAGGACAAGUCGUUGAGGAAAGUCGAGGCAAAUGUCUUGCAGUCAUACGGCCAAGAGGUCGGUGCGUUUGUGAUCGAGACGUCAGCAAAGACAGGGCAGAAUGUUGGAAAGCUCUUUGACAAGAUUGCAAAGGACUGUCAUCCCAAGGCGGGAGCACCAGCAAAUACACUAACAAAUAACAUCGCCCUUCACACCAAGGAAACGGAAACUUCCAGUAAACCAGGAGGUUCACGUUGUUGUGGCGGUGGUGGCGGUGACAGCAAGUAGCUGUGAUGAUAGCUUACCAUACGAAAUAAUGCAAACUGAUCGAAUGCCAGAUGAUUGAUCAGUCUCACUCCAUGUCCGUUUGAUACGGCUAUAUCCAGUUGAAUAGUACUUUGAAAGAGGUAGAGGUCAAACACGCUGGUACGUCCCCCGAGUCGCUACUCACAGCGCUGCAUUGUGGAAACGCUUCCUCCUCGGGCAGCCGUUUUAAUUUUGUUUCCUUCAUGAGUUGCCAUGGAUUUCAACUGCACUGACCUGCCUCUCUUUAUUCCAUUAAUAUUAAUGAUAUUGUGCAAACUACUUUUUUUUAAGCUAUGAACAACCAUAGAGAAUAAUUUUAUCCGAACCACGCAUGCCCUGGGGAAGUGUGAUUUGAUUUGAUAUAAUUAGAGCCCGCGCUUCAUUGUCCUUGCACUUGCUGCCAUACUCAUUCGUGGUUCUAACGAUGAUUCUCAUGCCAGCAGCUAUUUCUUCUGGCAGUUUCGGUAUUAUAGUAUUGCUGCUGCAACAGAGUAAGCUGGCCUGGUCAGUUGGCUUGCAUCUGCAGCCUCGUGUUGACCUUUGUUAUGCGAAUGAAACACGCAGCCGGGCCCGGUUCCACUGUGCCUUGGCUGUUCGGUGGCA